AUGAAGCCCUCUACUAUUCUCGCCGGCCUCGCCGCAUUCACACACGGUAUCAACGCCGUUGCCGUCUCCAACCCGGACAUCGUCGCAUUAGAUACACGAUCGGAAACAGAGUUGCAACAGUUGACCGAGCGGACGGCGAGCGAAGAUCUGUGGAAGCGUAAAGGCGGCGGUGGCGGCGGUGGUCGCGGAGGCAGCAGCGGCUCGUCUGGCUCGUCGGGUUCCUCUGGUUCCUCUGGUUCCUCUGGCGGUCGAAGUGGUAGUGGCACAGGCGGCAGCAGCUCUCUAGGCUCGUCGUCAUCGAACGCCGGCGGACGCACCACCACAGGUAGCGGAGCGCGACCACAAUUCGGCUCAUACUAUGGCGGAGGCGCGACGCAGCCGUACAAGGCAGGAUCGAGGACUCCAAGUGGCAUCGCGCCGGCCCUUAUAGGAGGUGCCGUGCUGGGUGCUGUCGUUUUCUCCGGCGCCGCCUUGUUGUAUGGAGCCUACAGCUAUCCUUACACACACCCUUACUACUACCACAACGCGACGACCAACAAGAACGAGACGAAGCCGGUCAACUGCCUGUGCGGGCAGUAUUCGACCUGCGGCUGCGAUGACAAUGGCAACCAGACUUACUUCAACUCCGUCAUCCGCGACGGCAGCUACGCCAACUUGAACCAUUCGCUCGUCACCGUCGCUGAUAACGCGACCGACCACAAUGCCUCCACCAUCUAUAUCCUCGGAGACUUGCCCAACGGCACGACGGCGGCCGGCGGCACCGAGGAUCCGAACGGCUCGAGCGCGGCGGGCGGCCUGCAGGCUCUCGCGCAAGCUGUUGGUUGGUGGCCUGUGGUCACGACUGCGUUCGCUCUUGCUUUCCUCUCGUAG